GCGCAGCGCCGCUGACAGCGCCGCGCUCGCAGGUCCUGCCCGCAGCCCCGCAGCCCGCUCCGCUCCGGCCCCUCGCCCGCCCCGCGUCCGGGACUAACCCGCCCAUGGAGACAUGGUCCUAGCCGAAUUAUUUAAAGACACUUAAGCACAGGUUUUUCCCCAGCAGCCAGACCGAUUUCCCAAUGGAGCCCCGGAUCCCUCACAACAUCACCGUUGUCCCCAACCCCGCGAUGGUGCAGCCCUUGCUGGACAGCCGGGUCCCCUACGGGCGGCUGCAGCACCCGCUGACCAUCCUGCCCAUCGACCAGAUGAAGACCACGCACGUGGAGAACGACUACACCGACAACCCCGGCGCCUCCCAGCCGCCGGCCCAGAAGCGCCCGCGAGCCCCCCACGAACUGGGCCUGAGCAGCCAGCACCCACAGCGCUGCGAGCAGGACGUCACCCACCCCUGGAUCUCCUUCAGCGGGCGCCCCAGCUCCAUCAGCAGCAGCAGCAGCACGUCCUCAGACCAAAGGCUCCUGGACCACAUGGCCCCGGUGCCCGUGGCAGAGCAGUCGUCGCCCCGCGCCGUCCGCAUCCAGCCCAAGGCCAUCAACUGCAAACCCCUGGAGCUGAAGGGCCCCGUGUCCCAGGAGCUGGACAAGCACUUCCUGCUGUGCGAGGCCUGCGGGAAGUGCAAGUGCAAGGAGUGCGCCCUGCCCCGGACUCUGCCGUCGUGCUGGGUGUGCAACCAGGAGUGUCUGUGCUCGGCGCAGAACCUGGUCAACUACUCCACCUGCAUGUGCCUGGUCAAGGGCGUCUUCUACCACUGCACCAACGAGGACGACGAGGGCACGUGCGCCGACCACCCCUGCUCCUGCUCCCACUCCAACUGCUGCGCCCGCUGGUCCUUCAUGGGCGCCCUGUCCCUGGUGCUGCCCUGCCUGCUCUGCUACCUGCCCGCCACCGGCUGCGUCAAGCUGUCCCAGCGGUGCUACGACCACGUCAGCCGGCCCGGGUGCAGGUGCAAAAACACAAACAGUGUCAUUUGCAAGGCGCUGCCUGAGAGCAAAGGGGCAGAAAAGCCCUUUUAAUAGCUUGGGAGGACGGAGCUGGGAGGAUGCUCUGCGGAGCAGGGUGGUGUUGGCUCAUUUUGAUAACCUGUGUUCUGAGGAGAGCGUUAGCCUCUUGCCUUUGGAGAAAGCAGAAGCAACUAUUUCCACAAACUGAAGCACUUUGGGUUAUUCAGGGUUUUUGGAACCGGUCGCAGUUUAAAUAGAUGGGGCCAAAGGAGGAAUGGUAAUAAUGCAGAGUGAAAGCUGCAAACCCAUGUACAUCAUGAAGUACAGCUGCUGAAAAACUCCCAGCCUGGAGGAUGGCUGCUCACCAGGCCUGCACACCACAGGAACCAUUAACUGCUCGCUUGGCAGGCACCGCCUCACAACCAGUCCCCAUUCCCAGCUGCAAAAAGCUGCUUUGAAUUUGAAUUCAGGGCAGGCUACUUGUUUCCUGUCUCCUUCCAAACCCCAGCUCGCUCCCAGCAGCCUGUUGAAGGUGAUGGGGGAACUCCUCCACCCUCCUUCUCUCCUAGACACCACUCCAAGGGCUGGUUGCACACAAAGUAUGUGUUUCUCAAAAGCUUUCCGAGUCCCUCAAAGAUUUUUGGACCAGAAGCGAAGCUACAUUUCAUUUGUUGAAGGGUCUUUUGCCCUUUGGGCGCAUCCCACCCGGCCCCACUGGUUUGGACCCUCUUCCCAAAGCAAGCUGGUAGCAGGGCUGCUCCUCCCGGGAGGAACCGCAGCAGGAUGCGCUCAGGCAGUUCCAUCAACACCGGCUCCUCCUGCCUGGAAGCUGAACCGUGGCGUCAGGUUUCGCUCCAUGGAACAGGAGUUUUCCAUCCCCAGAACAGCCCCUCUCUCCCGAGGACGGGGCCGACCCCGACUCCCGGCCCGCUCCCGCUGCCGGAGCCAAGGGAUGUAACUCAAGCCGCGAAAGACGGGCGGGGUUUGUUUCUCUAAACCUCUUGAGCUCUGGUAAGAAGUCACACAAACCUAAGUGUACGAUGCACAUAGAUGUAUUUUUCUAGGGAUCUCAACCCAGUACCUCCCCUCCUGGAACAAGCUCUUCUUUGCUCAUUCAAUAUUAAGAUUUGUUUUUGUCGUGGGGGUGAACGGCAUUUGCUUGAAGUACAGCGCAUCCCCCCACCCCUAUUGCUGCUGUUUGACUUUUGCCUCUUCUGUACAAAAGUGUCUUUUUAAAUGUAAAGAAUGCUUUUAGUGUUUAUUUUAGUGUUAACACACACUAGGGAAAGCCAGGGGCAGGAAGAGAGCGUAGUUAACGAAUGGACCCGUGGUUUUCAGCACGCAAAUAUUGCUCUGUCCGUGCACUCAUCCUAGGGCUGGUUCCACCUUCCCCAAGGAUGCUGCAACCCCUCUGUCUCGACAACUACAAGGUGCUAAACAAGAAUCUUGGUCCAAACAUGCAACACUCUAAUGAGUAGGUAGGUACUUGUUGCAUGCAGAAAACUGACCUAGUCUCUCUUGGUGUUUUUAAUUAGAGGAGAUUUCCUCAGCAAGUGCACAGCAGUGACAGUGAAAUGUCAUCCCUAAUUAGAUAAGCAAUAGGCAGAGCUCAUGUAGCAUUUCCAGGAAUCCCACGGGUAGGGGCUGGCAGGGGCGUCCUGAUGGGACUCUGGUGUGUUUGGUUUUCAGAAUUCAGCUCAGCUGGAUGGCUUGGGGUUUAUCUCAAUUGAAUUCUAGAUAUUCAUUGAAUGGGGGAGUUGAAAAAAAACAAAACAAAACAAAACCAUCAAGCUUUUCUAUUUAUGACAUUUGCUAGCUCCUACAUGCUGAAUCAUAGAAAAAAGGAUGCAAUGUCUGUUACCAGAUACCAGUUCCUAUAGGGUAGCCUCUUGUUAACUGUAUGUGGGCACCAGGAAGCAGGUGGGGAUCCAGAGCUGUAUUUAUUAUCUUGCACAAAUUGGAGGGGAAAAGGUAAAAGGAAAACCAACCCCAAACCAGCUGAACUGUUGGUUGAAUGUAUAAGAUACUGUAUUUAAUAAGAGAAAUAAUUUUCCUAAGAUACAAGCAAGCUAGAAAAGGCAGCAGGAGAGGUAUUUAGCUGCUGCCCUCCUCUGUGGGGACCACACAUGUCCAAGUGGCCUCCACCCACGGCUGCUUUGCCUUUUUGACCCUCUGUCCCUGGCUGUUCCCGGGGAAUCUGUGCUGAAAAUCCGCACUGGCAGAGCCCAUGGCUUGGCUGCACGGUCCCCGUGAGCAAAGGCACUGCUGGAGUGGUGGCCACCGUGCCAAUCUACACUCAUGUACAUACUCCCAGCAACCCCAGCCGGGUUUCCUCCCAUUGUACAUAGCUGUAAACUAUUUCUCUGUUGGUUUGUUUUGAUAUCUAAGCCCUGUAAGCCGACGAUGCCGUGCUGGAGCCCGCCAAGCGUUGUGGACGUGUUAGAGCAGUGGUCAGUGUAGCAGAGUGACCCUCCCUCCCCCCCAGCUCCCAGCACGGCGCUGGGCUCUGCCCCAGCAGCUCCCAGCCCAGGGCCUGGCAGGAAGGUGCUGAGCCCUGUCUGGAGCUGGGAAAGGGCCAGGCUUGGCCCGAGCCAGGGCUCUGCCAGAGGGAACAGCUCCCGUCAGUAACGUCGGUAUUCCCGCUCUUCCCCACCCCAACAAUUCCAUCCCCCGUUCCCUUUGAAGGUACUCGGGUCUGCUGCCACCCCAGAGAUGUGCCAGGGGUGUGUCCCUAUGUCACAGCCCCACAGCUCUGCCCUCCUGCCACGCUCAGGUCCCCCUGCUAACGAAGGGACAGCUGCUAACAAGCACCAACCUCCCCAGCCCUGGCACUGGGGUGGGACACCCUGGAGGCAGGAGGGCAGGGCUGGUGCCCCUGGACAGGUGCCAUGCUCUGGAGGAGGAUGGCAGGGCACUGCAUUGCUGAUUGCUGCAGCAGCUUCAUGCCAGGGUUUGCCCCUGCCCUCACACAGCAGCCCAGACAGCAAAGAGGGGGCACCUGAGGGUGCUGGCAGUGCCCCACCACACUCCCAGCGGGAGCAGAGCUGCCCCAAAAGGCAAACACACCCUCACCACAGCCCUGUGCCCUUGCCUACAGGGUGCCAGGAGCAGAUCCCACAUUUGGUGCUCCCUGGGCACCGGCUUUGCCACCCUGAUGAGCCCUUGCCCCUCCCAGCACUGGGUAUUCCCUUCCCCUCCCAUGCUCAGACACUCUGAGAAACAUUUCCCCCUCUCCUCUUACCACCCCUUCACAUGUACACCCUGAAAAGUUACCACAGAAGGUUUUUUUCUUUGUAUAGAAUAUUUAUUUUGAAGCUCUAUUUUAAUAGUAUUUAUUUUAGAAAGUCUACUAUUGUAAGAGUUCUUCUGUUUGUGAAGAAAAACAAG